AUGGAUACCCCUCUAGUCGCCUCCCCCUCUGACCAGUGUCCUCCCUCUCCUCCCCCGCCUCCCCUUGCUCUUCUUCAGGACGACCCCCACGUCCUUGACCAGGCACGAAAGAGACUCCACAAGAAAUCUCGCUUUUCCCGCCUCUUCUCCCGCCGUUCCUCAUCCCGUCUUCGUCCCCAGCAGUCAGAUGACUCCCUCCAGGACACUCCAGGCCUCCAAGUCUUUGACACAGACAACACUCCUAUCCAUCUAGACAAUACAGCUCUUGCCGCCGAGGACGUCUAUACCGAUAGAUAUGAAUGGGCAGUCUUGUAUGAGAACCAAAGAGGCAUAACCAUUUUCUCAAUACCAUACUAUUCAAGUCUGUCCCUUCUGCCCUCCGACCCUUCCCCAUUCACUCUUCCAAGUGCGUCUCUCAAACGCUCCAAACAACCCCCUAUCACCUUGGAUAGCUAUCCCUUGCCAGACGGCAAUUGGCACUGGGUGUCUCGCUGCUGGAUGAUCGACAUGCGCACUGACUCUGGCGAAGUGCAGCAUGAUGGUUUCGAAUACAACUGGAUGUUUAGACGUCACAACUGGCGUGCACAAAUCGGCUCUUUCAACGCCGGCGGCUGGGUCAGAAGACGCCGCUGGAUACGUCUCAUGGUUCGUCCAGCAAAGCCAAGGAAAGACGACACCGAUAUCUCGGUUUUGACACCAUCGACAGCCGCCAGUUCCAGAAGCUCAGAUAAACGACGCCACCGCCACUCUAUUGCCUCUUCGUUUCCUCCUUCUGUUUUCACACAGCGCACAGACAUGACAGAUGCGUGGGCCAAAAUAGACCCUGACGAGGUUUGGAUGGGCGACACGGCUAUGGAUUGGCUGCGCUGUCGCCAGCUUAUGAAACAGUUUGGACGUGAUGGACGGAAACUCGAACUAUGGAAAUUGUGGCUUGGAUGUCAUCAUCCAGAGCACAAGCAAAAGUUCCUUGAGCCUGAUGAUAAAGGCAAGAGGCGAGAGAAGCAGUGGACUGAAGACGACGAACCUCUACCUUCUGAAAUCGCAGCAGCCGAUAUUCUCUCUCGAGAAUACGUUGCUAUUGCCCCAAGGGAACUGGUUAUUGCGCUGCUCCGUGUCCAUGGUCAAGAGCUACUUCACCUCUUUAUAUUUCCAGAAUCGCGUGUCCAAUUUCUUAAACUACUGGCGCAGGCAGAUCUUUUGUCUGAGCUGAACGUGGGACUUGGGAUAGGGUUUGGAUCCACAGAGAUAGAUUUCUGGAGUUAUGCAAGUGGAUUGGGCGAAUCCGUUGGAAGUACGCCCAAGGAUAAAGGUUCUGUUCCGCAGAACGAAAAGACAUCUACAUUGGAGUAA